AUGAAGACUACGUGGAAGGAUAUUGCGCCUGUUCCUUCACACCAAGAGUUCUUGGACAUCGUCCUUUCCAGAACUCAGAGACAGCUUCCUACACAGAUUCGUGCUGGAUUCAAGAUCAGCCGUAUCAGAGGUUUCUACACCAGAAAGGUCAAAUAUACCCAGGAGACCUUCGGCGAGAAGUUCCAGCACAUCCUCGAUGGAUUCCCUCGUCUACAGGAUAUUCAUCCUUUCCACAAGGAUUUGAUGAACACUCUUUACGAUGCCGACCACUUCCGCAUCGCUCUUGGUCAGGUUUCAACCGCCAAGCAUCUGAUUGAAACCGUUUCUCGCGAUUACGUCCGUCUUAUCAAGUAUGCGCAGUCUCUGUUCCAGUGUAAGCAGCUUAAGCGUGCUGCGCUUGGUCGCAUGGCCACCAUCACCCGCCGCCUGAAGGAUCCCCUUGUCUACCUGGAGCAGGUCCGCCAGCAUUUGGGUCGUCUGCCUUCCAUCGACCCCAACACUCGUACUCUUCUGAUUUGUGGAUACCCCAACGUCGGAAAGUCCAGUUUCCUGCGCAACAUCACUCGCGCCGAUGUCGACGUUCAGCCCUACGCUUUCACCACUAAGAGUUUGUUUGUCGGUCACUUCGAUUAUAAGUAUCUCCGUUUCCAGGCCAUCGAUACCCCCGGAAUUUUGGAUCACCCUCUGGAGGAGAUGAACACCAUCGAAAUGCAGUCCAUCACCGCUGUUGCUCACCUUCGGUCCGCUAUUCUCUACUUCAUGGAUCUUUCCGAGCAGUGUGGCUACUCCGUCGGCGACCAGAUCAAGCUCUUCCACAGCAUCAAGCCCUUGUUCGCCAACAAGAUUGUGUUCAUUGUAGUAAACAAGAUCGAUGUGCGCCGUCCCGAGGAUUUGGAGCCCGAGUACCAGGAGCAGCUGCAGGAGAUCCUCAAGGCCGAGGAUGUCGAGCUUCUCCAGGCCUCUUGCACCACCACCGAAGGUGUGACCGCCGUUAAGAACGCUGCCUGUGACAAGCUUCUCGCCGAGCGUGUUUCCCAGAAGCUCAAGUCCGGCUCGUCUUCUGCCAACCCCAGUGGCCGUCUCGGCGAUGUUCUGUCCCGUAUCCACGUUGCUCAGCCAAUGGGCGGUGUUCGCGAGACCUUCAUUCCCGAUGCCGUCAAGGACCUCAAGAAGUACGACAAGAACGACCCCAACCGUCGGAGACUGGAGCGGGAUAUCGAGGAGGAGAACGGUGGUGCCGGUGUCUACAGCUUCGAUAUGCAGCGCGACUACACUCUCGCUGACCCGGAGUGGAACCACGACAAGAUGCCCGAGGUCUGGAAGGGCAAGAAUAUCUACGACUUUGUGGAUCCGGAUAUCGAGUCCAAGCUCGCCGCCCUCGAGGAGGAGGAGGAGAAACUCGAGGCCGACGGUUACUACGAGUCGGACGAGAGCGUGGAGGACGCGGAAGAUGCCGACAACCGCCAGAAGGCCGAUCUCAUCCGCGAGAAGCGUGUGCUCAUGCGCAACGAAGCCAAGAUGCGCAAGUCCCUCAAGAACCGCGCCGCCAUUCCCCGCAGCGCCAAGGCCAAGAAGUUGUCCGAGAUGACCAGAGGUCUGGACUCCGCUGGCUACGACAACUCCGCUGCUUCCUCUCGCGCUCGUUCCCAGACCCAGAGCCGUGGCCGCGCCCCUACUCGUGAGGCCACCGCCGACGCCGACGCUAUGGACGUCGAUGACAACCCACACAAGGCUCUUGCUCGCGCUAAGAGCCGUCUCCGAACCACACCGGCGACUGACCGUCGUCACGACGGUGUCACCACCUUCAGCAGUCGUGAUAAGGCUGAGCGUCUGGCUAAGCUGGGCCAGAAGAAGAUGAACCGCAUGGCUCGUGCCGGUGAGGCUGAUCGUCACACAACUGUUUCUCUUGCUAAGCACUUGUACUCCGGAAAACGUGGUAUGGGCAAGACAGACCGUCGUUAA